AUGGCUCACGCCGCCUCCCAGUUAAAGAAAAACAGGGAUUUAGAAAUCAAUGCCGAAGAAGAGACUGAGAAAAAAAGAAAACACCGCAAACGGUCCCGGGAUCGCAAGAAAAAGUCUGAUGCCAACGCAAGUUACUUGAGAGCAGCUCGGGCAGGGCACCUGGAAAAGGCCCUUGACUACAUCAAAAAUGGAGUGGAUGUCAAUAUCUGUAACCAGAAUGGGUUGAAUGCGCUCCAUCUUGCUUCCAAAGAAGGCCACGUGGAAGUGGUCUCUGAGCUGCUGCAGAGGGAAGCCAAUGUCGAUGCAGCCACAAAGAAAGGAAACACAGCCUUGCACAUCGCAUCUUUGGCCGGGCAAGCGGAAGUGGUCAAGGUCUUGGUUACGAAUGGAGCGAAUGUCAACGCACAAUCUCAGAAUGGCUUCACUCCAUUGUAUAUGGCAGCCCAGGAGAACCACCUGGAAGUCGUCAGGUUUCUUCUGGACAAUGGUGCCAGCCAAAGCCUGGCCACAGAGGACGGCUUCACGCCAUUGGCCGUGGCUCUGCAGCAAGGUCAUGACCAAGUCGUGUCCCUCCUGCUUGAGAACGACACGAAGGGAAAAGUGCGUCUCCCAGCCCUCCAUAUCGCAGCCCGGAAAGACGACACCAAGGCGGCAGCUCUGCUCCUGCAGAACGACACCAACGCGGACGUGGAGUCAAAGAGUGGCUUCACCCCGCUCCACAUAGCUGCCCACUACGGGAACAUCAAUGUGGCCACGUUGCUGUUAAACCGAGCGGCUGCUGUGGACUUCACCGCACGGAAUGACAUCACUCCUUUACAUGUUGCCUCGAAGCGAGGAAAUGCAAAUAUGGUGAAGCUAUUGCUGGACCGGGGUGCGAAGAUCGAUGCCAAGACCAGGGACGGUCUGACCCCGCUGCACUGUGGGGCAAGAAGUGGCCACGAGCAGGUGGUAGAGAUGUUGCUUGACAGAUCCGCCCCCAUCCUUUCAAAAACUAAGAACGGACUGUCCCCACUGCACAUGGCCACACAAGGAGACCAUUUAAACUGCGUCCAGCUCCUCCUCCAGCACAAUGUGCCCGUGGACGACGUCACCAACGACUACCUGACCGCCCUCCACGUGGCGGCCCACUGCGGCCAUUACAAAGUUGCCAAGGUUCUUUUGGAUAAGAAAGCUAACCCCAAUGCCAAAGCCCUGAACGGCUUCACCCCUCUCCAUAUCGCCUGCAAAAAGAACCGCAUCCGAGUAAUGGAACUCCUUUUGAAGCACGGUGCAUCUAUCCAAGCUGUAACCGAGUCGGGCCUUACCCCAAUCCAUGUUGCUGCCUUCAUGGGACAUGUAAAUAUCGUGUCACAGCUAAUGCAUCAUGGAGCCUCCCCAAACACCACCAACGUGAGAGGAGAAACAGCAUUGCAUAUGGCGGCUCGGUCAGGGCAAGCAGAAGUGGUGCGGUAUCUGGUCCAAGAUGGAGCUCAGGUAGAAGCAAAAGCUAAGGAUGACCAGACCCCACUCCACAUCUCAGCCCGACUCGGGAAGGCUGACAUCGUGCAACAACUGCUACAGCAAGGAGCGUCCCCCAAUGCAGCAACAACUUCUGGGUACACCCCGCUUCACCUUUCGGCCCGAGAGGGGCAUGAAGAUGUCGCUGCGUUCCUUCUGGAUCACGGAGCAUCUUUAUCCAUAACAACAAAGAAGGGAUUCACUCCUCUGCACGUGGCGGCCAAAUAUGGAAAGCUUGAAGUCGCGAGUCUCCUGCUGCAGAAGAGUGCGUCUCCCGAUGCUGCUGGGAAGAGCGGGCUAACUCCACUGCAUGUAGCAGCGCAUUACGAUAAUCAGAAAGUGGCACUUCUGCUUUUGGACCAGGGAGCCUCACCCCACGCAGCUGCAAAGAAUGGUUAUACACCGCUGCACAUCGCCGCCAAGAAGAACCAGAUGGACAUAGCCACCUCCCUGCUGGAGUACGGUGCUGAUGCCAACGCAGUCACCCGGCAAGGGAUCGCGUCCGUCCAUCUCGCAGCGCAGGAAGGGCACGUGGACAUGGUGUCGCUGCUCCUGAGUAGAAAUGCGAAUGUCAACCUGAGCAAUAAGAACGGCCUCACGCCGCUCCAUCUGGCAGCUCAAGAAGACCGAGUGAAUGUGGCCGAGGUCCUUGUCAACCAAGGGGCCCACGUGGACGCACAGACGAAGAUGGGCUACACCCCGCUCCAUGUAGGCUGUCACUAUGGAAACAUCAAAAUAGUCAAUUUUCUGCUGCAGCAUUCCGCAAAAAUUAAUGCCAAGACAAAGAAUGGAUACACGCCACUGCACCAGGCAGCCCAGCAGGGCCACACCCACAUCAUCAAUGUCUUGCUCCAGAACAACGCCUCCCCCAACGAACUCACCGUGAAUGGGAACACAGCCCUGGCCAUCGCCCGGCGCCUGGGCUACAUCUCGGUGGUUGACACACUGAAGGUCGUGACGGAGGAAAUUAUGACCACCACUACCAUCACGGAGAAGCACAAAAUGAAUGUCCCGGAGACAAUGAAUGAAGUCCUCGAUAUGUCAGACGAUGAAGUAAGGAAAGCCAGCGCCCCCGAAAAGCUCAGUGAUGGGGAAUAUAUCUCAGACGGUGAAGAAGGUGAAGAUGCCAUCACUGGGGACACUGACAAGUAUCUCGGGCCACAGGACCUUAAAGAGCUGGGUGAUGACUCCCUGCCUGUCGAGGGCUACGUGGGCUUCAGUCUCGGAGCCCGCUCUGCCAGCCUCCGCUCCUUCAGUUCGGAUAGGUCCUACACCUUGAACAGAAGCUCCUAUGCAAGGGACAGCAUGAUGAUCGAAGAACUUCUGGUACCAUCCAAAGAGCAGCACCUCACGUUCACGAGGGAGUUUGACUCCGACUCCCUCAGACACUACAGUUGGGCAGCAGACACGUUAGAUAAUGUGAACCUGGUCUCCAGCCCCGUGCACUCUGGGUUUCUGGUUAGCUUUAUGGUGGACGCGAGAGGGGGCUCCAUGCGAGGAAGCCGCCACCACGGGAUGCGGAUCAUCAUCCCUCCGCGCAAGUGUACGGCCCCCACCCGCAUCACGUGCCGCCUGGUAAAGAGACAUAAACUGGCCAACCCACCCCCCAUGGUGGAAGGAGAGGGAUUAGCCAGUAGGCUGGUAGAAAUGGGUCCUGCGGGGGCACAAUUUUUAGGCCCUGUCAUUGUGGAAAUCCCUCAUUUUGGAUCCAUGAGAGGAAAGGAGAGGGAACUCAUUGUCCUCCGAAGCGAGAACGGCGAGACCUGGAAGGAACACCAGUUCGACAGUAAAAACGAAGACCUCGCGGAGCUCCUCAACGGCAUGGAUGAAGAACUUGACAGCCCAGAAGAGUUGGGUACAAAGCGCAUCUGCAGAAUCAUCACAAAGGAUUUCCCCCAAUAUUUUGCUGUGGUUUCCCGGAUUAAGCAGGAAAGCAACCAGAUUGGUCCUGAAGGUGGGAUUCUGAGCAGCACCACUGUGCCCCUCGUCCGGGCUUCUUUCCCAGAGGGGGCCUUAACCAAAAGGAUCCGAGUGGGUCUCCAGGCUCAGCCCGUGCCAGAGGAAACGGUGAAAAAAAUCCUUGGAAACAAAGCGACGUUUAGCCCAAUUGUCACAGUGGAGCCGAGGAGGAGGAAAUUCCAUAAGCCGAUCACCAUGACCAUUCCGGUGCCCCCACCGUCGGGAGAGGGCGUGUCCAAUGGCUACAAGGGAGAUACCACGCCCAACCUGCGGCUCCUCUGCAGCAUCACAGGAGGUACCUCGCCGGCUCAAUGGGAAGACAUCACAGGAACAACCCCUCUGACGUUCAUAAAGGACUGUGUGUCUUUCACAACCAAUGUUUCAGCCAGAUUCUGGCUGGCAGACUGCCAUCAGGUGUUAGAAACUGUAGGGCUAGCCUCACAGCUCUACAGAGAGUUGAUAUGCGUCCCCUACAUGGCCAAGUUUGUUGUGUUUGCCAAAACAAACGACCCAGUGGAAUCCUCCCUGAGGUGCUUCUGUAUGACGGAUGACAGGGUGGACAAAACCCUGGAGCAGCAGGAGAAUUUCGAGGAGGUUGCCAGAAGCAAAGACAUUGAGGUUCUGGAAGGAAAGCCCAUCUAUGUUGAUUGCUAUGGAAACCUGGCCCCUCUGACCAAAGGAGGACAGCAGCUUGUUUUUAACUUUUAUUCUUUCAAAGAAAACAGACUGCCAUUUUCCAUCAAGAUCAGAGACACCAGCCAAGAGCCCUGUGGCCGCCUGUCUUUCCUGAAGGAGCCGAAGACAACGAAGGGAUUACCCCAAACAGCUGUUUGCAACCUAAAUAUUACUCUGCCGGCGCAUAAAAAGGAGACAGAGUCAGAUCAAGAUGAUGAGGCUGAGAAAGCAGACCGACGUCAGAGCUUCGCAUCCUUAGCUUUACGUAAGCGCUACAGCUACUUGACUGAGCCCAGCAUGAUUGAACGGAGUUCAGGAACAGCAAGAUCCCUCCCCACCACUUAUUCACACAAGCCAUUCUUUUCUACAAGACCAUACCAGUCCUGGACCACGGCUCCAAUCACAGUCCCCGGGCCGGCCAAGUCAGACUCCCUAUCCAGCUCCCCCUCUAACACGCCGUCAGCCUCUCCGUUAAAAUCCAUAUGGUCUGUUUCGACGCCUUCUCCGAUCAAAUCCACGUUAGGCGCCUCAACUACAUCUUCAGUCAAGUCUAUUAGUGAUGUGGCGUCCCCUAUUAGAUCUUUCCGGACAAUUUCUUCGCCAAUAAAAACAGUGGUUUCACCAUCUCCGUACAAUCCCCAGGUUGCCUCUGGUACCCUUGGGAGGGUUCCCACCAUCACAGAGGCCACACCCAUAAAGGGGCUGGCCCCCAACUCAACUUUUUCCUCUCGAACUUCUCCUGUGACGACCGCAGGGUCUCUGUUGGAGAGGUCAUCCAUCACCAUGACCCCCCCUGCCUCCCCCAAAUCCAACAUCAUGUAUUCCUCAAGCUUGCCAUUUAAGUCCGUUAUCACGUCAGCGGCACCGCUGAUCUCUUCCCCUUUAAAGUCAGUGGUGUCUCCGACCAAGUCUGCAGCUGAUGUCAUCUCAACAGCUAAAGCUACGAUGGCGUCGUCUCUCUCCUCCCCCUUAAAGCAGAUGUCUGGACAUGCAGAGGUAGCGCUAGUCAAUGGGUCUCUUUCUCCUCUGAAGUACCCUUCAUCUUCAGCUUUAAUUAACGGAUGCAAAGCCACUGCCACAUUACAGGACAAAAUUUCUACAGCCACAAACGCUGUGAGCUCAGUGGUGAGCGCAGCCUCUGACACGCUGGAAAAAGCGCUCUCUACCACCACAGCCAUGCCCUUUUCCCCACUCAGGUCGUACGUUUCUGCAGCCCCCUCGGCUUUCCAGUCCCUUAGAACUCCCUCUGCAAGUGCACUGUACACCUCCCUCGGGUCUUCGAUAGCUGCUACUACCUCAUCUGUAACUUCAUCAAUAAUCACAGUGCCAGUAUACUCGGUAGUCAAUGUUUUGCCAGAACCAGCACUGAAGAAACUCCCAGACUCUAGCUCGCUCACCAAGUCGGCAGCCGCUUUGCUGUCGCCCAUUAAAACAUUGACUACAGAGGCACGCCCUCAGCCCCAUUUCAACCGAACUUCAUCUCCAGUCAAGUCGUCUCUGUUCCUGGCAUCCUCAGCCCUUAAGCCAUCAGUACCAUCUUCUUUAUCUUCCAGUCAGGAGAUCUUAAAGGAUGUGGCCGAGAUGAAGGAGGACCUCAUGAGGAUGACCGCCAUACUGCAGACGGAUGUGCCUGAGGAGAAGCCAUUCCAACCUGACCUCCCCAGAGAAGGGAGGAUAGACGAUGAAGAGCCUUUCAAAAUUGUUGAGAAAGUAAAGGAAGACUUAGUCAAAGUCAGUGAGAUACUCAAAAAGGACGUGUGUGUCGAGAGCAAAGGGCCACCCAAGUCCCCAAAGAGUGACAAAGGACACUCUCCAGAGGAUGACUGGACAGAAUUUAGUUCUGAGGAAUUACGAGAAGCCAGGCAGGCUGCAGCCAAUCACUCCCCAUCUCUGCCUGAGAGAGUGCAGGGGAAGGCCAACCUCACUAGAGUCAUAGACUACCUGACCAAUGACAUCGGGAGCAGUUCACUGACCAACCUGAAGUACAAGUUUGAAGAGGCCAAGAAGGAUGGAGAGGAGAGACAAAAGAGAAUUUUAAAGCCAGCCAUAGCCUUGCAGGAGCAUAAACUCAAAAUGCCGCCGGCCUCCAUGAGGCCUUCCACCUCAGAGAAGGAACUGUGCAAGAUGGCGGACUCUUUCUUUGGAACAGAUGCCAUCCUAGAGUCUCCCGAUGACUUUUCUCAGCAUGACCAAGAUAAAAGUCCCUUGUCUGACAGUGGCUUUGAAACCCGGAGUGAGAAAACACCUUCGGCCCCGCAGAGUGCUGAGAGCACGGGCCCUAAGCCGCUAUUUCAUGAAGUUCCCAUCCCCCCUGUCAUCACCGAGACAAGAACUGAAGUGGUCCAUGUGAUCAGGAGCUAUGAGCCCUCUAGUGGGGAGAUCCCCCAGUCACAGCCAGAGGACCCCAUGUCUCCCAAGCCUUCCCCUACAUUUAUGGAGCUGGAACCAAAGCCUACCACCUCUAGCAUUAAAGAGAAAGUGAAGGCAUUUCAAAUGAAAGCCAGCAGCGAGGAAGAGGACCACAGUCGGGUUUUAAGCAAAGGCAUGCGUGUCAAGGAAGAGACUCACAUCACCACCACCACUAGGAUGGUGUAUCAUUCCCCUCCUGGCAGCGAGUGUGCCUCAGAAAGAAUCGAGGAGACCAUGUCGGUCCAUGACAUCAUGAAGGCCUUUCAGUCCGGGCGAGACCCUUCCAAAGAGCUGGCAGGGUUGUUUGAACACAAGUCAGCCAUGUCUCCGGAUGUUGCCAAGUGUGCUGCUGCUGAGACCUCAGCCCAGCACGCAGAGAAGGACAUCCAAAUGAAACCCAAACUGGAGCGCAUUAUAGAAGUCCACAUCGAAAAAGGUAACCAAGCCGAACCCACUGGAGUCAUUAUUAGAGAGACCAAAAAGCAUCCCGAGAAGGAAAUGUCUGUGUAUCAGAAAGACUUAUCCCGGGGAAAUAUUAAUCUAAAAGAUUUUCUGCCAGAGAAACGUGAUGCUUUCCCCGGCCCCGAGGAGCAGGGUCAGCAAGAAGAAGAAGAGCUUGCAGCCGAAGAGUCUUUGCCUUCUUAUCUGGAAUCUUCCAGAGUAAACACUCCAGGGUCCCAAGAAGAAGAUAGCCGCCCUAGUUCCGCACAGCUCCUGUCCGACGACUCUUAUAAAACACUGAAGCUGUUGAGUCAGCACUCCGUAGAGUAUCAUGACGAUGAGUUGUCAGACCUAAGAGGGGAGUCGUACAGGUUUGCUGAGAAAAUGCUUCUAUCAGAAAAGCUAGAUGUUUCCCACUCUGAUACCGAGGAGUCGGUGACAGACCAUGCAGGACCCCCUAGCUCAGAGUUACAGGGGUCUGGUAAGCGAUCCAGAGAAACAGUAGCCACUGCCCCCCCAAAAGAAAUCCUCUCCAAAAUCUAUAAAGAUGUGUCCGAAAAUGGUCUAGGGAGAGUGUCUAAAGAUGAGCAUUUUGAGAAACUGACAGUGUUGCACUACUCGGGCAAUGUCAGUGGUCCCAAGCACACCAUGUGGAUGCAGGUGUCUGAGGACAGACUAGACAGAGGUAGAGAGAAGCUCAUGUAUGAAGAUAGGGUGGACAGGACCGUGAAGGAGGCAGAAGAGAAGUUGACUGAAGUGUCGCAGUUUUUUCGUGACAAAACUGAGAAGCUAAAUGACGAACUGCAGUCCCCGGAGAAAAAGGCGCGCCCCAGAAAUGGCAAGGAGUACUCCUCCCAGAGUUCCACCAGCAGUAGCCCCGAGAAAGUGUUAACGGAGCUGUUGGCAUCCAACGAUGAAUGGGUUAAGGCCAGGCAGCGCGGCCUGGAUGGACAAGGUGUCCCUCAGGCUGAGGACAGGAAGGCACCCAUUGGGUCCAGCAGCCCUGAGAAGGGGGUCCCUACCCAACAGGGUGAGGAUGGCCAGCCUCCUGAGGAAGCCAAAAGAACUGUCGCUGCUCAGAGCAGGGGACAAGAAGGACCCCAGUCUGGAUUUCAGCUCAAACAAUCUAAACUCAGUUCCAUUAGAUUAAAAUUCGAACAAGGGGCGCGAGCCAAAAGUAAGGAUCCAUCUCACGAGGAGAAAAGUCUGGAUGGGCCAUCCCGAAUCCCAGUUAAGAAAACUCAAGAAACCAAGCUGCCCACGCACCCAGGUUUUGCUAGAGAAAAACAGCAGAAGGCUGUAGAUUCCCCAGAGGAAAGUGUGCCGGUGCAAAUUGAUGUUCUGCUGUUCAAACCUGAGCAUGUCCAAAGCAAUGAGAUCAUUGCAAGCAAAUCCGGCUCCAGUGAUGGCAAAAGCCACAGAACUGAGAUGUUAAGUAAGGCAAUGCCUGACUUCUUUCCUGAGCAACAGGUUGGAGACUCAGCCUGUCCCAUAACGUCAGAUCUAGAGACCAAGGGACCGUGGGACGGAAAGGUCUUUAGAACCUGGGAAAAUUCUGGGGCCAAUACCACUAAAGCCCAGAAAGAACCACUCUCCCACGUGCUUGUUCACGAUAUAAGAGAGAAUCCCGCUGGUCGCCCCGACGGUAGCGAGAAUGGUGACCCAAAGAAUGAAUUUAUGUAUGUGACUGAGAGAGAACACAGAAUGUUAACGAACGGCUCUCUCUCAGAAAUUAAAGAAAUGAGUGUCAAAUCUCCCUCCAAGAAAGUGUUAUACAGGGAGUACAUUGUUAAAGAAGGGGACCCUCCCAGCAGCGCUCUCGACCACCCCCCCAGGAGAAGCGAGAGCUCAGUAGCAUCUCACAUUCCCAUCAGGGUCCCAGAGGAGAGGAGGAUGCUGUCGUCAAACAUCCCCGAUGGGUUUUGUGAGCAGACAAUAUUUCCAAAACAAGAGCUAUCCCAAAGAGUGUCCCUGCCAAGUGCGAGCCAAGGGGUAGUUGAGAGCCAGCACUUGAACUCUGUAGAUGAUGAAAAAGUUACCUACUCUGAGAUCAGCAAAGUUUCUAAACAUCAGAGUUACCUAGGCCUAUACCCAGCUCUCGAUGAAACCGAGACCUCUCCCACCAAAUCUCCCGACUCGUUAGAGUUUAGCCCAGGGAAGGACUCUCCCUCUAGUGAUGUGUUGGACCACGGUUCCGUGGAUGGGUUGGAGAAGACAGAGGGGGGGAAAGAGAUCAAAACCUUACCUGUUUAUGUCAGCUUCGUGCAAGUGGGGAAACAGUACGAAAAGGAGCUCCAACCAGGAGGUAUAAAAAAGAUCAUCAGUCAGGAGUGUAAGACGGUGCAGGAAGCCAGGGGGACCUUCUAUACAGCUAGACAGCAAAAGCAGCCUCCUUCGCCCCAGGGCAGCCCAGAAGAUGACACUCUAGAGCAGGUGUCCUUUCUAGACAGCUCUGGGAAGAGCCCUUUGACCCCGGAAACUCCCAGUUCAGAGGAAGUGAGUUAUGAGUUCACGUCUAAGACGCCAGACUCACUCAUAGCUUUUAUACCAGGACAACCCAGCCCGAUUCCCGAGGUUUCCGAGGAGUCGGAGGAGGAGGAGCAGCCCAAAUCAGCCCCACUAAGGCAGGUGACCAUGGAGAAGGAAACAGAUCGUGAUGCGAGCAAAGACUCUAUCCAAAGACCCAAGUGUAACCGAGUUGCCUAUAUUGAGUUUCCCCCUCCUCCCCCGCUGGAUGCCGACCAGAUGGAAUCAGAUAAGAAACAGCAGUACCUCCCUGAAAGGGAGGUUGGCAUGAUGGAGGUCAGCCUUCAGGACGAGUCUGACAAGUACCAGUUGGCCGAGCCAGUCAUCCGAGUGCAGCCCCCAUCCCCAGUCCCUCCCGGCGCCGAGGCCAGUGACUCCAGUGAUGACGAGUCCAUGUAUCAACCGGUCCCAGUUAAAAAAUACACCUUCAAGUUGAAGGAAGUUGACGAAGGGCAGAAAGACACGGCCAAGUCCAAAACAGCCACCACGAAGGCUUCAAACCAGAAAGAGGUGGAGGGUAAUGGGAGAGAGAGCGAAUCUGGCCUUGACUCACCUCAGAACGAAACAGUUCAGAACGGAAACAAUGACCAGUCUGUCACAGAGUGUUCCAUUGCGACCACAGCUGAGUUUUCUCACGAUACGGAUGCCACGGAGAUAGACUCUCUGGAUGGCUAUGACCUGCAAGACGAGGAUGACGGCCUAACUGAGAGCGACUCUAAACUCCCGAGUCAGACUGUGGACACCAAGAAGGAUAUCUGGACGGAGGGCAUUCUGAAGCCAGCCGACCGCUCUUUCAGUCAGAGCAAACUGGAAGUCAUUGAGGAGGAGGGCAAAGUGGGGCUGGACGACGAGAAACCAUCACCUCCUAAGAGCUUGUCAUCCGAGAGAACCCCAGAGAAGGCCGAUCCCAAGUCGGGGGCCCAGUUUUUCACCCUGGAAGGCAGACACCCAGACAGAUCAGUGUUCCCUGAUACUUACUUCAGUUACAAAGUUGAUGAAGAAUUCGCCACUCCUUUUAAAACAGUGGCAACCAAAGGUCUAGACUUUGACCCUUGGCCCAAUAACCGAGGGGACAAUGAAGUUUUUGACGGUAAAUCUCGGGAAGAUGACACUAAGCCAUUUGGUCUGGCGGUGGACGACCGCUCUCCGGCAACCACCCCUGACACAACGCCAGCCAGAACACCAACUGACGAAAGUACCCCAACUAGUGAGCCUAACCCCUUCCCAUUUCAUGAAGGGAAAAUGUUUGAGAUGACCCGCAGUGGUGCAAUUGACAUGAGCAAGAGAGAUUUUGUGGAAGAGAGGCUCCAAUUUUUCCAGAUUGGUGAGCAUACUCCUGAAGGGAAGUCAGGGGCCCAGGGGGAAGGGGAUAUGGUCACUGAUACCCCACAGCCACAGUCAGGGGACACCUCGGUAGACACCAAUCUAGAGAGAGAUGUAGAGGCACCUACAGUGGACCCCAACCCCAGCAUCCUGACCAACGGAGAGUGUCAGGAAGGCUCAGCCUGUAGUGGCUCUCUGGAGAAGUCGGCAGCUGCCACUAACACCUCAAAAAUUGACCCCAAGUCACGCACGCCUAUAAAAAUGGGAAUUUCUGCAUCUACCAUGACCAUGAAGAAAGAAGGCUCUGGAGAAGUGACAGAUAAGACAGAGGCUGUGGUGACCAGUUGUCAGGGAUUAGAAAACGAAAUUGUGAAAGAGAUCUCAAGUGCACCCGAUAGCCAGGUGGGCGCUAGGCCCCAAGAGAAACACGAUUUUCAAAAAGAUAACUUUAAUAACAACAAUAAUCUGGAUGCUUCCACUAUGCAGACAGAUAACAGCACAAGUCACGUAGUUCUGACAGGACGCGCUGCAUCCUCUUGUACCACAGAGAAAGCUAAUCCAGUGAAAGGCUCAGGAAAGAGUCCAGGGACUCAAGGACAUUGCAGCAGAGAUUCUCGGAAGGAACCGAUAGGGGUUAGGCGGAAAUCCAAGCUUCCAGUAAAGGCCACCGCACCAAAAGAUGUCUUCCUGCCAAACCAUAAGCCAGACAGUAAAACAGGUAAACCGAGGCAGAUUGGUCAAUAUGAGAAACACAAAGCCCUUCCUACUUCUUCAUGUAUAGAUGCCAAGUCCCGAAUUCCAGUCAAAAACACACACAGGGAGAACCUAGUUUCAGUCAGAAAAGCAUGCGCCACACAAAAGCGAGGGCAGCCAGAGAAAGGCAAGGCCAAACAGCCUCCAUCCAAGUUGCCAGUAAAGGUAAGAUCCACCCGUGUCACCGUCACCACCACCAACACCACCACCACCACUACCACCACCACCACCACCACCACCACUGUUAAAGUUACAGAAAGCCAGCUUAAGGAGGUAUGUAAACAUCCCAUUGAAUAUUUUAAGGGAAUUAGUGGCGAGACCCUAAAACUUGUGGACCGCCUCACUGAAGAAGACAAAAAGAUGCAAUCGGAGUUGUCUGAUGAGGAAGAAAGUACCUCAAGGAACACGUCGUUGUCCGAGACUUCCCGGGGCGGCCAGCCUUCAGUUACCACGAAGUCUGCUAGAAAUAAGAAAACAGAGGCGCCGCCCUUAAAAUCAAAGAGAGGAAAGGCCGGCAGUAGGAGGACUGGUCCCCAGAGUCCUUGCGAGCGGACGGAUAUCAGGAUGGCCAUAGUAGCCGAUCACCUGGGACUUAGCUGGACAGAGCUGGCAAGGGAACUGAAUUUUUCAGUGGACGAAAUCAACCAAAUACGGGUGGAAAAUCCCAAUUCUUUAAUUUCUCAGAGCUUCAUGUUACUAAAAAAGUGGGUGACCAGAGACGGAAAGAAUGCCACAACUGAUGCCUUAACUUCAGUCUUAACAAAGAUUAACCGAAUAGACAUAGUGACUCUGCUGGAAGGACCAAUAUUUGAUUAUGGGAAUAUUUCAGGCACCAGAAGCUUUGCAGAUGAAAACAAUGUUUUCCAUGACCCAGUUGAUGGUUGGCAGAACGAGACGUCGAGUGCAAGCCGAGAGCCCCCAGCGCAAGCGCGAAGGCUAACCGGUGGGUCACUGGACCGUCUGGAUGACAGCUCUGACCAGCCUCGGGAUUCCAUUACCUCAUACCUCACGGGAGAACCUGGCAAGUUCGAAGCAAACGGAAACCACACAGCAGAAGUCAUUCCAGAGGCAAAGGCAAAACCCUACUUCCCGGAAUCCCAAAACGAUGUAGGGAAACAGAGCAUCAAAGAGAACCUGAAACCAAAAACACACGGAUGUGGUCGUGCAGAGGAACCAGCGUCACCCCUCACAGCCUACCAGAAAUCUCUAGAAGAAACCAGCAAGCUUGUCAUAGAAGACGCACCGAAACCCUGUGUGCCUGUCGGCAUGAAAAAGAUGACCAGGAUUUCGGCUGACGGCAAAGCCAGGCUCAACCUGCAGGAAGAAGAGGGGUCCACCCGGUCGGAGCCUAAGGGAGAAGGAUAUAAGGUGAAGACGAAGAAGGAAAUCCGGAACGUGGAGAAGAAAACCCACUAGUGAUGGUGACGUCAGUCCAGGACCGUGUGGUACAUACUGCCAGGAUUGAGAAACUCGCCAGAGAUCAGCAGAAAGGAAAAGAGGCACCAAGAACGGGGUGUGGGUCGACUGCUUCCACACUUCAAUGACAUGAUGAUUUUUUUUUAAUGCAGAAGGAAAAAGAAAAUCACAUUUUUUUAUCUUUAUUUAGCAUGAGCCAAUUUACAGAGCAUGGAAACUCACUUUCAUUCCCGGCACAGACAUACCUGUACUGAACAAGUGCAGCAUAAGAUACAGGAAGCCGUGUUGUUUGGACUCAGUCUCAAGUAAUUUGGUGUCAUUUUCAAAGAAGACAAUGCCUGUGCUACCCAGGAGGAGGGGGCAGCAGAGGAUGGGACGAUCAAAUCAAGAAGACACACUAAAAUUACUAAAUCCACAACAGCUCGCCUUAUUUUUCUUGGACCCAAACUAACUGUCAGGGUAUAAACACUGUUUCUUUUCUUUUCUUUUUUUUAAAGAAAAAAAUAAUAAUAAUAAAAAUCAAUAGUUUUGCUGUAAAUAAUAACACUGUAAAUUCUAACAGAAGAAACUACAAUAAAGAAUUAUAAGGCACCUGCCUCACAGAACACAAAGAUAUCACAAAUGCAUCCAAGGACAAUGGGCGUCCCAAGUGACUUCACCCUGGACAAGCAUGGGGACCCGGCGCUCACAGGGGACUCUUUCACUGAUUCUUGUAUAUUAGCAAUUAUGAUGUUUGUACACGCAAAACUGCUAGCUUCAUUUUAAAAAGAAAAUGCAAAUCUUUAAAAAGGAAAAUAACCUGCUGCAAAUUUAAAUAAUUCCCCAAGUGAGGAAUUCUGUAGUUCUGUGAAAAAAAAUAAUUUUUUUCUUCAGAAUACUAAUAUUUUGAUGCAUGCAUAUCACCUUAUUUUGAUUAAACCUUUUCCAAUUUUGCAAACACUACAGUCUCCUGCAACACAGGAGAUUUUAUCUGUAAACACAAAGCCCUUCAUCUAAUAUUUAUUGCUAUUGCCAAUUUUUCAAUGAAAUGACCAAAAAUGAAAAAAAAAAAACCUAUACAGUAGUUUGCUUGGGGUGGGGGGAGGGGCGCUGUUAGUGCUUACAGGGGGGUAAUGCUUGCCACUGUAGAGGUGGAUGGUGCUCACAAGAGGCCCCAUUGUGGGUAUUUAAAAAAAAAAAAAAAAAGGACUGACCGGAAACCCGUAUCUAGCAGGAUCGAAGCGCACUGUAAAAAAAGGAAAAAAAAAAGAAAAAAAAAGAUCGCUGUAUUGUGUACUGGCUCUGAGAUGUAGACCCCCUUUCAGCAAGCCAAUCACCAGUAACCAUCCCAGCAGUGCCCCAUUAGGUUAGCGGGGCUGCCGCAUUUUCUAGAGCAUUUUUCUUUGGGUUUGGUGAGGUUCCUUCGUUCACUAUCUUAACUUGAAAUCGACCUCCACGGACACCUAGCUCUAAAUGACUUGUAUGAGAAAUGCAGGCGCUGGGUAGCCUCGUCGAUUAUUUAAGCAUAUAAAAUAAACUGUGUUCAACUCUCCACCUA